AUGAGCAACCCAAAUAACCCCAACAUCCAGCAGCGCAGCACGCCUCAAUGGAGUCUCUACCAACGAGAAUUAUUCUGGGGUCCAAACGAAAACAAACAUCCUCCAUUUAACACAGACCCAGACAAGCUCAAAGCAACAGCCAAAGAGCGCCUCAGCCAAGCGGGAUGGCACUACGCCUCCUGCAACGCCGGGCAAUCGCUAACCCACCACGCCAACCGCGCCGCCUUCUACCGCCACCAAAUCAUCCCACGCACGCUCAUCGACACCAGCACACGGGACACCGCAACCACCGUCUUCGGGCGUCGCGUCUCUGCUCCCAUCGGUUUCGCGCCAAUCGGUAUAAACCGCAUAUACCACGCGACGGGAGAGUUAUCGCCUGCGAAGGUGGCGGGGGAGUUGGGGCUUCUGUAUUGUUUGAGCUCGGCGGGGAGUUUUGGGAUUGAGGAUGUGGCGAGGGCGAAUGAUGCUGGUAGAAUGAAAGGGGAAGGGAAGGGAAAUGGGGGAGAGGAACAGGGAGGGAAAGGGGAAGGGAUGGGGAUAAGAUGGUUCCAGCUCUAUUGGAGCCCGGACGACGGCGUUGCGCUGAGUAUGCUGAAGCGCGCGGCGGAGAACGGGUACGAGGCGUGUGUGUUGACUACCGAUACGUGGCAGCUUGGGUGGCGCCAUGAUGAUGUUAUGCAUGGGAACUACGCUUUCUACCACGACCACGGGGCGGGGGAUUUGGGGUUGAAUGAUCCGGUUUUCGUGGAUAGGGUUAAGGAGAUGGGAUUGGAUCCGCGGGGUGAAGGGGAUAAGAUGGAAGUGGGUGCGAGCUGGAUUGAUGGACAUAUUUGGCAUGGACAGUCGUUUUCUUGGGAGCGCAUUCCGUGGUUGAUGGAGAAUUGGAAGAGGUUGAGUGGUGGGAAGCCGUUUGCUAUUAAAGGGAUUCAGAGUGUGGCGGAUGCGAAAAAGGCGGUGGAGUUGGGGGUUGAUGGGAUUGUGGUGUCGAAUCAUGCCGGAAGGCAGGUUGAUGGAGCAGUUGCGAGCUUAGAUGCGCUGGAGAAAAUCGUGGAUGCUGUUGGGGAUAAGAUUUAUAUCAUGUACGAUUCGGGAAUCCGCAGCGGAGCCGAUGUCUUCAAGGCACUUGCGCUUGGAGCUAAGUUCGUAUUCAUAGGACGUCUAUGGGUUUAUGCCCUUGGAUCUGGUGGCGAAGAGGGCGUGAGGCAUGUGAUGAAGAGUCUGCUGGCCGAUUUCGAUAUCCUGAUGAAUGUUGCGGGGUACCCGAACUUGAAGGAGAUCAACCGCGAUGCUCUCGACUCGCUGCCUAAGGGAGGUUACUAUCCUCCUACCACCGAGAUGGCUUAA